AUGUUUUACUUUUAUGAUAUUAAAUUAUGUCUUUUUUUAUUGUUAAUAUGGAUAAAAGUUUCUCAACAAAUAUGUACAUUACCACCAGAUUUUUGGUGUGAAUCAGAAGAUAUUGCAUUAAAAUGUACUGGAUCAUUAAAAUAUUGUGAAAGUUACAAAAGAAACAUUGAAAAUAAUAAAAAUAAAAUUAAUAUGAAAGCUUCUUUUGAAGCUUUGUGUUCUGAUUCAAUGGCAUUUGUUUUCAAUCGCCUUAGUAAUACAAUUUUAUCAAAUAAAGAAUCAUUAGAAACUGUUAAUUUUGAAGCUGUACCAUGGGGAUUAGCAAAAAGGAAGGAAAAUGGACAAGUUCAAUGUCAACAUGGAAUCAAAGAAUGCCAAUUUAAUACACUAUUCUCAUGUUCUAAUAGUAUUAUAGAAAAUGAUUAUAAUAGAGCAAAAUUUUUUUCAUGUGGAAUGAAACAAAUUAUUAAUAAUGUUAAGGCAAAAGAUAUUAUUAAUAAAUGUGGAAUAUUAAAAAGUAUACUAACAAAAAAAGAAACAGAAUUAAUUGAAAAUUGUAUUAAUGGUAAUAAAGGUAUUCAACUUCAAGAAGAAGCUGAAAUUAUUACAAAAAAAAUAUUGAAUUCACCUAAUUUUGUACCACAAAUUUUAAUUGGUGAUAAUGAUAAGACAAUGGAUAUGCAAAUUUAUCAAUUAUUACUUAAAGAAAAACCAUCAAUUUGGAAGGCAUCAUUAAAGAAUAUAAAAAGUGGAGGAAAUAAAAUUAAUAAUUGUACAACACCUCCUGAUUUCUGGUGUUCAACUGAAAAAAUAUCUAAUGAAUGCUUUACAAAUGAAAUGUGUUUAAAAUAUAAAAAUGAGAUAUUAGAUAAAAAAAUUGAUUUAAAUAUUUUAUAUGAUCCAGAAGAACCAGUUACACAAAGAAUGAUUUCAGAAUCAUUGAAAGAUACAUUUAUUGAUAAUUAUGCUUAUAAUAUUCAAGACGUUUUUACACUAAAAUUAACCCCAAUAUGGAAUGAAUGGAAUAAAAAUGAUUGUAAUAAUCGUGUAACAAAAGGAUGUCGUAAUAUUGCUGUUUACCAUUGUAUUUCAAAACAUAUAGAUAAUUUGAAAACAUCUACAAGAUUACAGAUGUGUUUAAUGAACUCAAAAUUGAAUAAAGAUAAAUUGGCAUUUGAUUCAUUAAAUGAUGAUUGUAGAAAAAAAUUUUUUAAUCUUCCUUUACCAAUUAAAAAUACAAUACUAAAAUGUACACAUGGUCAGAAUUAUAAUUCUCUUAUUAUGGAAUAUGAAAAAUUUAUUAGUACAAUUACACCAGAUAAAAUGACAAAAGAACCUUGGUUAUUAAUUAACAGUUAUAGUCUUAGUAAUGCACAAAAUUAUUUACCAAUUCUUGAUAAAAUGAUGUGUAUUUGGUAUAAUGGAAAAAAUCAUGAUAGACAAUUUUGUGGACGUUGUGAAUAUGAAGAAUCAAGAUGUUAA